UAUUAUUAUUAUUAUUAUUUUAUUAUUAUUAUUUUUGCUUCGGUAGCUAGGGAGUUCCUGCAGCCGUUUUCGUGUCCUUCAGAAAAGUCUAAGCUGCAGGCUUUAAGUAUUUUACAGUAGCCGGCGGCGACGAAGACUUCCAGCUCACGAGUACUUUGGUUUCUGUAUAAUAACAUAUCUGCUCUGUAUUCACAUUACUAAGUUAGUGGCUCUUGUUUGUUCGAUGCAUAAUGGUGUUCUAACUGUUUUUUUUUUUUUUGCUCUCUGUUCUCGUGUCCUGUUCUGGUUGCUGGGACGGCGAAACUCUCAUCGGUGCCAGAUCCGAAUGCUCCAAUGUACUACAAGGGAUGGUACCAUUUGUUCUACCAGUACAACCCUAAGGGCGCCGUGUGGGGCAACAUCGUAUGGGCGCACUCCGUUUCGCGUGACCUCAUCAACUGGAUCGCGCUGGAGCCGGCCAUCGCACCCAGCAUCCCGUCCGACCAGCAUGGCUGCUGGUCCGGCUCCGCGACGCUCCUCCAAGACGGCACGCCGGCGAUCCUCUACACGGGGAUCAGCCGCCCGGACAUCAACUACCAGGUGCAGAACAUCGCGUUCCCCAAGAACAAGUCCGACCCGCUGCUCCGUGAGUGGGUCAAGCCGGGGUACAACCCGAUCGCCGUGCCGGAGGCCGGUAUGAACGCGACGCAGUUCCGCGACCCGACCACGGCCUGGUAUGCGGACGGGCACUGGCGGAUGCUGGUCGGCGGCGUGCGGGCCACCCGGGGCGUGGCGUACGUGUACCGGAGCCGGGACUUCACGCACUGGGUCCGCGCCAAGCACCCGCUGCACUCGGCGCUCACAGGGAUGUGGGAGUGCCCCGAUUUCUUCCCGGUGUCCGGGUCGGGGCAGCAGAACGGCCUCGACACCUCCGAGUCCGGCGUCAAGUACGUGCUCAAGAACAGCCUGGACCUCACCCGGUACGACUACUACACGGUGGGCACCUACGACAGGAAGAAGGACCGGUACGUGCCGGACAGCCCCAACGGCGACCAGCACCGGCUCCGGUACGACUACGGCAACUACUACGCCUCCAAGACGUUCUACGACCCGGCGAAGCGGCGGCGCGUCCUGCUCGGGUGGGCGAACGAGUCGGACAGCGUGCCAGACGACAAGGCCAAGGGCUGGGCCGGCAUCCAUGCGAUUCCAAGGAAGAUCUGGCUCGACCCUAGUGGGAAGCAGCUACUGCAGUGGCCGAUCGAGGAGGUCGAGAAGCUCAGGGGUAAGCCCGUCAGUGUGAGUGACAAGGUCGUCAAGCCCGGACAGCAUUUUGAGGUCACAGGGCUCGGAACUUACCAGGCUGACGUGGAGGUGAGCUUCGAGGUAUCGAGCCUGGAGAAGGCGGAGCCGUUCGAUCCGGCGUACGACAACGACGCGCAGAAGCUGUGCGGCGUCAAGGGCGCGGACGUGAAGGGCGGGGUGGGGCCCUUCGGCCUGUGGGUGCUGGCCUCUGCCGACCUGCAGGAGAAGACUGCCGUGUUCUUCAGGGUCUUCAAGGACGGAUAUGGCAAGCCCAAGGUCCUCAUGUGCACCGACCCCACCAAGUCAUCUCUCAGUCCAGAUUUGUAUAAGCCGACCUUUGCAGGCUUCGUCGACACCGACAUUUCAAGCGGGAAAAUCUCGCUCAAAAGCUUGAUUGAUCGGUCGGUUGUCGAGAGCUUCGGCGCGGGAGGCAGGACCUGUAUCUUGUCACGAGUCUACCCGUCUAUGGCUAUCGGAAAGGAUGCUCAUCUUUACGUUUUCAACAAUGGAGAGGCGGAUGUUAAGGUGACCCACCUGACCGCCUGGGAGAUGAAGAAACCAUUGAUGAAUGGGGCUUAAGUGCCAUUCUCAUUUGGAGGGAUUUAUACGUAUUCUUAAGUGCCAUUCUCAUUUGGAGAAAUUGUUUUCCACAAAUAAGGUGCGGCGAGAAUCAUUUUUACCAGAGUGACUUAAGCACUACUACAGAACGAUACUGUACAGGCGGGUGGAAACGCCUUUUCACAAGCGUUUGGCGCACCCGCCUGUGACAGAAGGCCUGUGGAAACGAUUUCCACAGGCGCAAAAGUGACCGCCUGUGGAAAUCGAUUUUCACAUGCGGUUCCUAAUCGAUUUUCACAGGCGGUUCCUAAUGUCAACCGCCUGUGGAAAUAGAUUUCCACAGGCGGUUCGUUAAGACAACCGCCUGUGGGAUUUCCACAGGCGGGGUCCACAUUAGCUGCCGCCUGUGAUAUAAAGAUUUUCACAAGCGGUUCUGUAUGAGAACUGCCUGUGGUAUGUAUUUAUUUUUAAAAAAAAGAAUAUAUUUUAUUCCAUCCA